UAAGAGGCGGCGCCGGCGGAAGCGUAGAUACUCCGCUCCCCCAAGCGCUUCGUAGUUCGUCCGCUCCUCCACUCCUCUCGCGACAUGAAGGCUGCCGUCGCCCUGUGCCUGGCCCUGGUGGUGGCCCUGGUGGGCGCUGCGCCCGCCGACAAGUACUCGUCGCGCUUCGACCACGUGGACGUGGACGCCAUCCUCCACAACGACCGCCUGCUCGACAACUACAUCAAAUGCCUGGAAAACACCGACGACAAGGGCUGCACGCAGGAGGGGAAGGCACUGAAGGAUGUGUUGGCUGAAGCCAUCGCGACGGACUGCGCGAAGUGCACCGACGUGCAGAAGGGCUUCGUUGGGAAGAUCAUCCCGUUCCUGCGUAAGAACCGCGUGGAGGAGUGGAAGCGGCUCCAAGCCAAGUACGACCCUCAAGGCGCUUGGGCCAAGGCUCACCCGGACGUCUAA